AUAUUUAUCAACAUUGGUAUACUUUUAGGGUAUGUGUCCAACUACUUCUUCUCUAAGCUUCCCGAGCAUCUCGGCUGGAGGUUCAUGUUAGGGGUUGGAGCGGUUCCCUCGGUACUCCUAGCUAUUGGAGUGUUAGCAAUGCCGGAGUCUCCACGGUGGCUAAUCCUCCAAGGUCGCAUUGGAGAUGCUUUUAAAGUUCUUGACAAAACCUCAAACACUAAAGAAGAAGCCAUCUCUAGGCUCAAUGACAUCAAACGUGCGGCUGGAAUCCCUGNUGAUAUGACAGACGAUGUUAUAGUCUUGCCGAACAACAAGACUGCUGGUGAAGGCGUGUGGAAAGACCUUCUUGUGCGACCAACCCCGUCUGUUCGACACAUCCUCAUAGCAUGCCUUGGUAUCCACUUCGCCCAGCAAGCCUCUGGAAUCGAUGCAGUCGUGCUUUACUCUCCGACCAUUUUCUCAAAGGCUGGACUGAGAUCCAAGAAUGAUCAGCUCUUGGCUACAGUGGCUGUCGGAGUUGUCAAGACCGUCUUCAUCGUGGUGGGAACUUGUGUGGUUGAUCGGUUUGGACGUCGUGCCUUGUUGCUUACUAGUAUGGGCGGAAUGUUUAUUUCCUUGACCGCACUUGGAACUAGUCUCACAGUAAUCGACAGGAACCCCGGACAAACUCUUAAAUGGGCUAUCGGUCUUAGUGUUACGACGGUGAUGUCUUUUGUGGCAACAUUCUCAAUAGGUGCAGGUCCCGUGACGUGGGUUUACUGCUCAGAGAUAUUCCCCGUGAGGUUAAGAGCUCAAGGUGCAAGUUUGGGAGUGAUGUUGAAUAGACUUAUGAGUGGUAUUAUCGCAAUGACAUUCCUGUCCCUUGCUAAGGGUCUCACCAUCGGUGGUGCAUUCCUUCUUUUCGCCGGAGUUGCGGCCGCCGCAUGGGUCUUCUUCUUCACU